AGCUAGCGUUCUGCUGUCCUAGGUUAGAAUAUUAGCUAGCACAAUAGCUAGCUAGCUACAACGUUUGACCAAUGUGUUUCUGCUAGCUAUCUAGCGAACGUUAUGUGAAUUCGAAUGCUAGAUAGGGCGCAUAGCAAGCAGCUAGCUAGCUAGCUAGCUAGCUAUCUUUGCUAGCAGAACCAGAUGGGCAGAACCAUGUUUACGAGUAGGUAGCUAGCUAGUUAGCCAGUCAGCUUUACAUGUGAUCACAGUAGCUAGCAAGUUUAGAAUCCAGUUAACAUUACUGCCAACAGAGCUGUCAAAGAUACUGAUUACCUCCUCCAUGCCAUGCUAUUGACAUCUGACAGAAGGUGCAGCCUGGCAUGAGGAUGACUGAGAAUGGGGAGGACAGCAGCCGCUCUCAGCCUGAUGGAGUGUUACCUCGUGGAGCUCCUGGUGGGAAGGAUCCAGGAGGAGUUAGCGGUGACAAGAGGCCAGUGAACCCCCCUACAGAGGACAACAAACCCACCAUGCUUCUCAACGACACCCUGAAAUUCCCUCAGGAUGUAGGAGACCAAAGCAGCAAGACAGGUCUCCAUCAGCCGCGACCUCCCCUGCUGCCCAAGCCCCCUGCACUGUCGAAGGGAGGGAAGAGCAGUUCGGUGGAGGAGGUGAGAAGCAGAAGACUUAAGCACAGCCAGGAGAGUCUGACUGACCCAGCUGAGACUGGUUCCUCCACAGACUCCCUUAAGGAGGACUCGACAGUUACAGGUGUGUUCACCUUGAGCGGUGCUGCCACCUUAAGGAAUGGACAGGGCUCCAUUGUUGAACCCCUCUCGACUCCUACAGGGUCCCCUGUCUUCAGAGCCAGGGGCCAGAGCCUCUCAGAGUACGAGAGGAGGCCCCUCGACCACCACAGUGACCCAGCGGAGCAGCGGGUGAGGUCCUCCAAGGUACGUCUCUCUCCCUUACAGCCAUCGGGUCCACUUCCUGCUCUGGAGCAGAGCUUGGCGUCGGAGUCCUUAAGGACGGCUAAUCGGAUUGACAGGGAUUGCGUGGAUUAUGCCAUUGUGCCGGGGAGAGCUGGGCCGGAGAGGCUGCACCUGCACAGGAAUCUGAGCGACAGCCGGCUUCUGGAUAACAUGGUGUUGGACAACACCUCUGUCAACUCCAUGAAGUCCACCUUCAGUGUGUUGAACCCCAUCAGACCCAGGGACGUCAGGAACAGGAGUUUUCUGGAGGGCAGUGUGCUGGGCAGUGGUGCCCUUCUGGGAGCUGAGGAGCUGGACCGCUAUUUCCCAGAGAGGAGAGUUGGCAUCUACAUAGCCACAUGGAACAUGCAUGGAGAGAAGGGACUUCCAAACAACCUAGAUGAUCUGUUGCUCCCGACGGACUCUGAAUUUGCACAAGACUUUUACAUCAUCGGAGUCCAGGAGGGAUGUCCAGACCGGAGGGAAUGGGAGAUCCGUCUUCAGGAGACUCUGGGGCCGUACUACGUCAUGCUCUACACAGCCUCCCACGGGGUUCUCUACCUCACUGUGUUCGUCAGGAGGGACCUUAUUUGGUUCUGCUCAGAAGUGGAGCAUGCCACGGUCACAACACGCAUCAUGUCUCAAAUCAAAACCAAAGGAGCCGUGGGGAUCGGCUUCACCUUCUUUGGCACUUCCUUCCUCUUCAUCACCUCCCAUUUUACCUCUGGAGAUUCCAGAGUGUACGAGAGGAUUCUGGACUACAACAAGAUCGUUGAAGCACUUGCUCUCCCUAAAGUUCUUCCAGACACCAACCCUUACCGCUCCACAUCCUCGGAUGUGACAACACGGUUUGAUGAGGUUUUCUGGUUUGGGGACUUUAACUUCCGUCUGAGUAAAGACCGUGUGGAGGUAGAGGUCCUUCUAAACCAGAACCAGGGUGUGGACAUGGGCCCUCUGCUCCACCAUGACCAACUCUCCAAGGAAAUGAAGGAUGGUUCCAUCUUUAAAGGCUUCCAGGAAGCACAGAUUCAGUUCAUCCCCACCUACAAAUUUGACGUUGGCUAUGACGUGUAUGACACCACCUCUAAGCAGAGAACUCCCUCAUACACAGACAGAAUACUGUUCAGGAACAGGCAGGUGGAUGACAUCAAAGUGAUAAAGUACACCAGCUGUUCAACGAUAAAGACGUCAGACCACCGGCCUGUCAUCGGCAUGUUCCAGGUCAAACUCCGUCCUGGAAGAGACAAUAUUCCUCUGGGUGCAGGCCAGUUUGACAGGAGUCUGUACCUGGAGGGCAUCAGGAGGAGGAUCACCAGAGAGCUGAAGAAGAGAGAAGCCAUGAAGAACCAGGGCAGCAGCACCAUCUGCUCCAUCUCCUGAACCUGAACCAGACUGGAUCUCCCUCCAGAAUCACUGACCCAGCCAUGAGGGACCAAAGGGAACCAGUCUUGUGUUUCCACUUCCAGUCUGUGGGAGAAUCUGUUGUUUUUUUUUCGACUCCUUGCGUCCUCUCCUCCAUCCUCUCCUCGCCUGCUUUUGAAAAAGGUCAAAGGUAAUCGAGGAGCAGAGUCGAGGAGAGGAACCGUAGAAACAAAUGUGCUUGUAUGAAAUUACUCUAGUUCUCCACUUGUGCGUCAUCGGGCAAAUUACUUUUACAGAGGUAAAAUCCCAAAAUAAAUGGGUAAAGUGAUAAAACAAAUGUAGCUAGUUGUGCAUAAUAGAUAAAAGGACAGUAGCGUAUAGUUUUUAAAUGUGUGCAUACUUUUCUCCUUCGAGAAAACAACAGCUGAUUCAAAGGGGGUGUGGUGGAUUUUAAAACACUUAAGCGCUAGCCGAGGAUACUCUUGUGCAUCCUCUGCUGAAGUAGGUGAUCGAGGAGGUGAGCAGACUCCUCCGUUCGCCGACUAACGAAUUGACACUCCUCGACCAGUCGACCACUUAUCGCUUUCCGGGUCACGGAGGAAAGGAUGGACUUUUCCCAAUUGAGAAUCUCCCUGUGAGUCAUGGAAGUCACGUCGGCUGAUCCAUGAGCGCCCCCCGUACUGAGAGCUGUUGGAACUGUGUCACUCAUAUGGUUUAGGGGGGGCUGAGGAGGUAGCUGCGGGGCUGUUCACGAGGGCAGGGACCUUGAGUUCAGACAGACUCCAGUCUGCAGACUCAGCAGUAAACGGGUCUAUUUAUACAGCCCUUCUACAAACAAGACUGAACUGGGGAACCUGACAUUGAAGAUGACCUUUGUCAGUCAGCCAGUCACACAUCUUCAUCCGUGUGCGCUGGUUGGAUGAAGUUGCUCUGAGUAUACUGUACUUAAUACGUUAUUAUAAUUUUUUUGUACAUUUAUUUAACAAGCCAGGUUGAAAUGGACCAUAUGUAAUGUCACCUCUUUAUUACUUGGUGUAGCUGUAUUCAAAGGCUCCCGAGUGGAGCAGCGGUCUAAGGCACUGCAUCUCAGUGCUUGAGGUGUCACUACAGACCCCCUGGUUCGAUUC